CGCGAGGGCGCGCAGGGGAUGUAGUCGGAGAUUUGUCAUUGAUCCAGUCGGAUGCUGCGCGUAGAAGUCACCCCCGCCACGAGGUAAUUACAGCAAUUGAGGGCGAACAGUGCACGCUAGAUGACGUAAUGACGAGCGAAGGCCGAGACGUCUGGGAGACAAUCAGCUUAAACCGCAAUGCGAUGCGCUUUCUAAUGAGAUUUUCGACAAACAACGUUUUGCGAGUGAUUAGCAAUUUACUUUAAGUCGAGGAACGGCGAUUGAAAUAACAAAUGAUACGGCGAAUAAUCAAGUCCCAUCCAACAUUUUGGCUGUUAACGUUCUAUACAAAAAGUGCUUCAAAUGUAGCGACUCUUUUGUGUCAGAAGACUUCCAUGCAGUUCCAUAUUCAUGUAACCCAGUUUCGUUCGUUCAAAAAUGAUGGCUCUUGUCUCGCGGCCGUCACACGCGGUGGUUUUUCUCCCUGUCAGCUCCAUUCGCACGUGGGUCGCGGGUGAUUUCUGCGAAGAUGCCUUUGCGCGUCAGCGUCACCGACGUAUCGAUCCCACUGUAAAUUUCCAGUUAGUAGCAACCCUCCACCAGUCUGCGUGCGCACCCCACUCGUGUUCAUCGAGAGGGUCUCAGUCUACAUUAGAAAGUCGGGAGAAGUGCUUUGGCAGCCAGACAAAAGACGCUGACCGUCGACCAUUGACAGUUUUAUCUGCCGAGUUUCCCAGUUCGGGGCGAGCUCGUCUUUGAAAAUCAAAUCAAACUGCACCGAAGCCCUUCUACUGCCGAGGGGCUGAGGGGUACAAACAAAAGGGAAAGAAAGAUAACGAGGGUUGCGUGAUAUAACAGCGCCCCUACGAUAACAGAUAGACAUCGCGUCCAGGUAGACAAAUUCCGUUCUCCAACUAGUGGAGAAGAAGCAGGCGAGAGGAGGGUGAGCGCGCCAGGCGGUGACGAUCGAGAGCGAGGAAAUAAGAGCUCGAGGAGCCGCCGGACGAGACCAGAGAGACCAGAUCGAAUAAACCACGCGCGACCAACCAAGCAACACAAUCCAAUGUAUUACGGUCCCCCCGGUUCCGCCGAGGAAGCCGCCGCCGAGGAAACAUGUCGCUACCACGGGAAUGGAGCUUUCAGGACGCGUGUAGGGCGUCGAGCCUGCUGGCGGACGUCGACGUCGGCGGCGUCGGCGUCGGCGGCGUCCCUACGGCGGCGUCCCAGGAGAUGGCUGUCACCGGCGGCAGCAAUCUCAUCGACGAGAAUAUGAAUGAUCAGCCGGCGACGCAGCUGGGCUCGCUGUUCUCCAUCCACUCGGCGCCGGUGUUCGACCUGAGCAGCAUCACCGGCGGGGCGCCGUCGCCGAAACGGCCGGCGUCCCUGGCGGUCCAGGCGACGGCGACCUCGACGCCGAUCGUGCCGCCGCACUUGCAGAGCCCCGAGGGCACCGUUGCCGAGGACGAGGACAACGACAACCUGCUGACGAUAUCCAGCCUCACUGCCCGGCCGCUCAUCGCCAAAUCCAGGGAGCUCAGAUCCGCUAGGUAUACGGCCCCGAAGAGGAGAAAGUCCCGGCAGAGGAACGAGACCAGGAAACCCCGGAACACCACGUACGUCCCGCUGGACGGCGGGUACGGCUGGGUCGUGGUGUUCGGCGCCUUCUUCGUGCAGUUCUGGGUGGCCGGGCUGGUCAAGUCCUACGGCGUGCUCUACGUCGAGGUCAUGGAGACCUUCAAGGACUCAUCCGCCUCGGUCGCGUCCUGGAUACCAGCGAUUCUGACGUGCCUAUGUCUAGCGCUUGCUCCGGUGACGAGUAUGCUCUGCCAGAAGUACAGCUGUCGAGCGGUGGUUUUCGUGGGAGGACUUUUUUGCGCCCUAGGACUUACAACUAGUUACUUCGCCACGCGAUUGAUACACCUCUUUUUUACAUUUGGAGUGCUGACAGGUAUCGGCGGUGGCUUGUCGACGACGCCGGGUAUAAUCCUGGUGUCGCAAUACUUCGACAAGCAUCGCGCCCUGGCGAACGGGAUCUGCGUGUCCGGCACUGCCGCGGGUAGUUUCGUAUUCCCGCUUCUGAUCGAAUUUCUGGUGAGGGACUUCGGCUUUCACGGCACGGUAUUGCUAUUAGGCGGUUGCAUGCUGCACGUAUGCGUCAGUGCGACACUGUACCGACCAUUGGAUGAAAAUUAUGCCCCUGAGGAAGACUCGGUCUCGGUGGAGAAGUUUGAAAAGGAACUGAAAGAGCAGGAUCAGGAGAAGUCGAAACAACAAAAAUUGGAAUUACUGUUCGCCAACGAUCCGAUUGCCCGGCACAACAUGCUGAACGAGCUGUUCCACCAGAACAGCGGCGUGGUAGCGGUCGAGCUGACCGACAGCGACGAGGAGAAGGAUGUGAUGGGGGAGGGUCUCCGUAUGAAGCCCAUUUCCAAGAUCCGCAGCUCCAGUAUCCUGCACAGCGUGGAGGACCUGUCGACGGACUCGACAUGCGUGUACAAGGCCGCCAGAUCGUCGCUCAGGUCACUAAAGUCGUCCGCGACGGCGAUGGGCCCGCCGGAACAGCAGCAGCAGCAACAGCCGCCGCCAUCGCCGCCGAACAGGAUGUCGUCCUUGACAUCUCGCAGCAUCGCAGGAUCGACGGACUCUAAGAUUACGUUCAUGCAAAGACUGACGCGCUAUAUCGACUUGUCGCUGCUGAAGAAUCCGCAGUUCAUCAUGAUGUGCUUCUCCGUCAGUCUGAUGUCCACUGGCAGCCCGUACAUGUUGUACUACCUGCCGGCAUACGUCCACGCCGCCGGCUACAGCAAAUCGGAGGCCGGCUACCUGGUGGCCAUCUCCGCCGUUCUCGAUUUGUGCGGCCGGCUCGGCCUCGGUUGGCUCUCGGAUCUCAAGCUGUUCGAUCGGCGAAAAGGGUAUAUCGGCAGCGUGGUGGGUGCUGGUGUGGCAGUCUUGGCGAUCCCGAUGGCUCACUCCUUUUACGUGCUGGCGUGUUCCGUCGGCAUGUACGGGUUGUGCCUAGGCUGUUGGUUUCUCCUAGUUCCCGUCCUGCUCGCCGAUCAAUACGGCACCGACAAAAUAUCGUCCAGCUACGGUCUCGUGAGGAUGUUCCAGAGCUUCGGGGCGAUCUCGAUUCCGCCCCUCGCAGGCUAUCUCCGCGAUGUAACCGGAAGCUACACCGUGUGUUUUUUGUGUAUGGGUACAUGUAUGGUCAUAGGGGGUUUACCCCUGCUUUUGGUUUUCAACGAGAACCAAACAAAUCCAACAAAGCUGCCCGUGAACGCCGAGAAUAACAAUCGUCAGGAGGACACUACCGUGAAAGGGUAAAUUAUUUUGAAAAUGUGAUCGUUGACUAUAAAGUGAUUUAAUGUGUAAUAGGAAAAUAAAUAAAUCGUAACAGUUGUCACUAAAAAAAAAAUGAUAACAUCACGAUGCUUAUUGAACAUCUCCAAAAUUGACUCCUUGCCACUUUUUAUGUCACGUUAUCAGGUAAAUUUAAUUAAAUAAAUACAGAUUAGAAAUUGA